UCAAUAAAAUUUGUCACACGUAAGUAAAUAAAUCAUAAUUAAGAUAUAAUUAGGUAACACGAUUGUCCAUGUGGAUGAAUAGAAAAUGGAGAAAAUGCUCUGUCUCGUGAUAAAUCUCGUAAGAAGUUCAUAUUAUAAAAAGCUGCGAAAUAUGUAAACCAAUAUAAAAAACUGUUCGAUUAAUUAUAAAGAUUGCAAUAUCAUUCUUGAUAAAUUCUAUUGUCGCGCUAUAAAAUAUUUGUAUUAUUGCAUCCAAUGAAUUUCUAUUUUUUUUUCAUCAGGAAAUCAUGCGAAUGCUGUUAGGGAUCGCGUUGCUCUUCGCGGUAGGAUUCUUCGUCGUGGCGGCAUCGAAGGACCGUAAUAAUUAUCCUCGUUUCUUCAAGCAUCGAACGAAGUUGAGAGAGAUCCGCGGCUUUAAACCGGAAUACAUUUCCACGGCGAUCGGGUUCGGGAAAAGGGAAGAUCCGAUGGAGAAGAUGCCGGAUCCUCGCGGCCGCGAGAGAAUUUUGUUAUCGCUUCUGAGAAACUUUCCGCGUAGCGUGUCAGCGGAAGUGCUACUUCGAAUGAUGCAGACGAAUCCUGCGUUGGCCGACAAAUUGAUGAUGCAAAAUGAUCGAGACGACGAAGAGUCGAUAAUGAAUCAUUCAAAGUCCGACAGAACAUUUGCGCUAAUUUAAUUCCUUCGUUAAAUGCAUUCGGCGAAAGUUUUAGAGAGAAACACCCUCCUCCUAUUCUAAUUUUCCCAUGUUAGAUAAAAUGUUUAUUCAAUAUUAUACCUCUUCCCGAUUUACUUUUCAAUUCUUCAUAUAUGCAAGUAGUAUAAUGUAGAUGCUCUAUUUCUUUUUUUUUAAUAUAAUCUCUCUUUUUACGACAAAAGUUUUCGCGAUGUCAAGAAGCGAUAAACGGAAGACGCAUUUUUUCACUCGCAGCAACAUAUAUACGAUCGAUGUAAAAUUAAUAACUUUGUCGUAAAACAAUAUUGCACUAUAUGUGUAUAUCGAGAAAUGUAUUGUGUAAUUUAUUAUUUUUCUGUUUAUAAGAAUAUGUGUAAAACUAAAGAUAACUAUAUACAGAAAUAAAAAUUGAUGGGAAAUAA